UGCUGCCAUCCAUGCAUCCAGUCCUGUCUGUGGUACCUGCUGGCUACUUAACUUAGCUAGCAGCCUUACCUAUCAGUCACUUAUGUUCAGGAAUAAUUAAAUGAACGUCAGACAAAAUGAUUUUACUUUGUUUUCCGCUCGACGCGCAGUUGCGUUUUAGGGAGAAGAUGGACACCAUCCAUUCGGUUUUAGUAUUUUAGCUGUUAUAGCGUUUUGCUGAGUCCAUUUUGCGUGUAACUGGAAGUGGAAAAGACAAAGAGAAAAGAGCUUUCCAAUAGCUAGAAUGGUUUGGGCCUAAAAAGAAGACAAGAGCAACAUGAACCGUGAGGACCGGAAUGUGCUCCGAAUGAAAGAAAGAGAAAGGAGAAAUCAAGAAAUCCAGCAGGGAGGAGGAGAGGCCUUUCCAGCUAAUUCACCUCUCUUUCCUGAACCCUACAAAGUGUCCAGCAAGGAAGAUAAACUGUCAAGCCGUAUUCAGAGCAUGCUGGGCAAUUACGACGAGAUGAAAGAGCCGAUUGGUGACACACUUCCCAAGCUUGGCGGUAAACCUUCAAACAGCUCGUCUUCCUCCGAGGAGAAAUCGGGCCCACCGUUGUUUGGCGGGGAACAACGCGGCGUCGGUAGCGGUGGCAGCAGCCAGAGCAGCAAGUGGACUCCUGUUGGCCCCGCUGCGGGCGGAUCCUCAUCCCAGUCCCAGAAACGCUCAGGACUCCAGGGUGGGCACGGCAGUCAGAGGGGUAGCGGCAGUAGCGGCAGCAGCAGCAGUAGCCAAAGACACGGAGGGGAGGUGCGGGAAAAGAAGUCGAGUAAACACAGCGGAGGGUCGGAGCACUCAAAGUCGCACACGUCGAGUCCGGCCAAGGGCUCUCUGAGUUCCUCUGGCAGCAACAGCCACUUGCGGAGCUCCUUGUCUGCUGAGCAGCAUCACAGCAAGGAGCGCUACCGCUCCAAGUCCCCACGAGACAGAGAGGCCAACUGGGACUCUCCCUCACGGGUUCACACAUCCUUCCCCACUGGACAGCACUCAAGUCAGGCCUUUCCCCCGUCUCUAAUGUCCAAGCCUGGCUCCAUGCUGCAGAAGCCCACAGCGUAUGUGCGGCCUAUGGACGGCCAGGAAACGGCAGAACCCAAGAGCUCACAAGCAGAAAGCUACAGUGGCCAGUCGCACAGCAGCACCAUGGGUGAGAUGAAGUCCAACAGCAAGGCCUCACUUUCCAAACUCAAGAUCCCCUCACAGCCUGUAGAGGGAUCGGGUGACGCCAACUGUGUCGAUGAGAUUCUGAAGGAAAUGACUCAGUCGUGGCCCCCUCCACUGACAGCCAUCCACACCCCCUGCAAAACAGAGCCCUCCAAGUUUCCAUUCCCCACCAAGGACUCUCACCCUUUUCCAAGUGGCCACAAGCGAGGCAGUUCUUCCAAGAGCUCCAGCAGCCAUCAAUCUAAAGCUUGUGAUGACCAGCCCACGAUGCUGGAAGAUGAUCUGAAGCUCAGCAGCAGUGAGGACAGUGAUGGAGAACAGGAGCCCGCCAAGAACACCUCAAGGAAUACAUCAGCAAGCAAUAACAGUGAAGGAGCGGAGCAAUCAAGGGAUGACUCAAGCAGCCACAGCGGCUCAGAGAGCAGCUCGGGCUCCGACAGUGAGAGCGAAAGCAGCACGACAGACAGCGAAGCCAAUGAGCACCCGCGGCCCGCCUCUCCUGAGCCUGAACAACCCAUGGCCAACAAGUGGCAGUUGGACAACUGGUUCAAGAAGGCCAAGCAGUUCUCCCCAGCCUCUCCGGUGGACAAUAAUGUUCCAACCAAGUGCAAGAAAGAGGGCAGAGAUAACAGCUCAGGACGCGGCUAUAGUAGCCAGGGCGGGGGUUCUAAAGACUCAACAGCACCCACCCCAAGUAGAGACCUACGGGCGGCACAAAAGGGUGCAGAGGGUGGCCGUGGCCGGCAAAAAUCCCCCGCCCAGAGCGAGGGUGGCACAAAUCCACGAAGGAGCGUGGGUAAAAAACAGCCUAAAAAGUCUGAGAAGCCCCCAGUGGUGGAGGAACCAAAAGGAGGUCUGAGAGUGGAGAGUGAGCCGGCUCCGGAGAUACCUCCUCAUCGACCCAAAGCUGCUACUAAAGGUUCCCGCAAACCAAGCAUCAAAAAAGAACCUAAAUCCUCUCCGCGGCCGACUGCACCUGCCGUCACCACCACUGCAGAUAAACGCAAGGCUAAGGCGCCCACCAAGACUUCUCAGAAGUCUCGGGAGUUUGUCGACACAGACUCUUCGUCAUCAGACUCUGAGGGGAAUGACAGCAUCCCGUCCUCGUCGCAGACACCCAAGUACACAGAGAGUAUCAGGACCCCUGUGUGUGUGUUUUCUCCGAUGGAAGAGAAAGAGCUGUUGUCUCCGCUCAGUGACCCUGAGGAGCGUUACCCUGCGAGGCAACCUCAGCAGCAGGUUUUACUAGUGAAAAUAGAUCUCAGCUUGCUGUCGAGGAUCCCGGGGCGGCCCUACAAGGAGCCCGCAGAGAUAAAAGUGGAGAGGGACGACUCUCUAGACAGGGACAGCAAAGACUUCAGCAAACAGAGCACUGAGAAGAGCUCUAGUAAGGCCAAGAGGAAACACAAGAACGAUGAGGAAGGCACCAAGCCAGAGAAUAAGCGAUGCAAGCUAGAGGAGAAGUCCCUGUCUCAUCAUAAAAACAGCAGUAAAGAGUCUAAGAGGUCUUUGGAGAAGAAAGAGGAGCCAGUCCCCUCUCCUUCCAUGUCAGGUCUCCAGCGGACGCCCAAGGCAGAGCAUCCGAGUCGAAAGAGGACGGUCAGCCAGUCCUCCACCUCUUUGUCCAGCGGGACAGGAAGUGGGAAGGAGGGAAGCCACAGCACCAAGGGCAGCUCCACCUCCAAACACCGAAAAGGAGAGGACAAGGGGCGCAGCACACGCGAUGGGAAGGAGAAAUCCUCAAAGGGCUGCGAUAACCAGCUGGCUGUGCCUCCGCUCUCCACGGACGGCUCCAAGUCUCAGAGAUCCAAGCUUGUGUUUGAGGACAGGGUCCACUCAGCAGAUCACUACUUACAAGAGGCCAAGAAGCUUAAACACAAUGCCGACGCACUGUUGGACCGUUUUGAGAAGGCAGUCUACUACCUGGACGCUGUGGUGUCGUUCAUUGAAUGUGGUAAUGCUCUGGAGAAGAGCGCCCAGGAGGCAAAGUCUCCCUUCCCUAUGUACGCGGAAACGGUGGAGCUUAUCAAAUACACUAUGAAGUUAAAAAGCUACCUGGCCCCAGAUGCUACGUCAGCAGACAAGAGGCUAGCUGUGCUUUGCUUACGAUGCCAGUCCCUCCUCUACCUGAGGUUAUUCAAGUUGAGGAAGGACAGCGCACUCAAAUACUCCAAAACACUCACUGAACACUUAAAGAAUUCUCUGAGUAACACCCAGGCUCCCUCUCCUGGAAUGGGAAACAAGGCAGCAGGCAUGCCCUCUCCGGUGUCUCCCAAACUGUCACCAGGCACGGCCGGCGGCUACUCGACAGUCAGCAGCAGCAGCAGCGCCAGCUCGUCUGUGACCAUACCUCAGCGUAUCCACCAGAUGGCUGCCAGCUACGUUCAGGUCACCUCCAACUUCCUGUACGCCACAGAGGUCUGGGACCAGGCGGAGCAGCUAUCCAAGGAGCAGAAAGACUUCUUCUUGGAGUUGGACAAGGUGAUGGGUCCUCUGAUCUUCAACACCAGCAGCAUGACAGAACUGGUGCGUUACACACGGCAGGGCCUCCACUGGCUGCGCCUGGACGCAAAGCUUAUUCCCUAGCGAGGACUCGUUCCCUGCUUGCUGCUUCCACACACACACCCACCUCAGCCUCUUGUGUUCAGCAACAUGUGCUCAAAGACACACGCAUGCCCUCAGACACACAUACAUACAGUGUACUGUAUGCAUACACACACACAAACACGAUGAACUUCUCAGACAUAUCUCCAACACUGUGUCCAUUUUCUACACCAGCUUGCCAAAAACACUGAGCAAUCUAGAGCAUCUCACACCGUCAACAGCGCCACACAGGGAGAAGCAUCGAAACCGCAGCACAGGAACAAAAAGAGCUUGUCGCCAUGCUUCAUAUAUCGGCAUUCUUACAAUCUCCGAAGGCCAUGUUUUUAUCUAUUCGGCAUGGAAGCCCUGGGUGAAUUCUGAAUAUGCUUAAAAAUGGGGUUUAGUUUUUAGGCUACUUUGGCUUUUAACUUUUUAUUUGACUUUUGUUUCACCAAAGUACCUCCCAUAAACACCAAAGGUGCUUUAAAACGAAGGUUUCUCUUUAUCAUUUUUGUGCCUUGUAUGUGAGCAACAGGAAGACAAACAGCCACCCAUCAUAUCAUUAUAAAUGUUUAUUUUCCCUCUUUGAGUCAUUUUUUGCAUUUUUAAACAUUUAAUGGAAGCUGGCAACAUUUAUGUUUUUAAUGGCGGUCUUUCAUUUUUAAAUCCUGUGAAUGAAUUUACAGCAAAGAUGGAGUUGUCCAUGAGUUAAGCUACAUCACAUCAUCUUGAUUAAUCUGUCCUUUAAAGUGUCUAGGCACUAAAGCUUAAUCUUGCAGCAUGCCCACAAGAUUUAAGGAGAGACUGAAGGAAGGGCUACUGUGCAAAGCAGAUUAAUACAUCUGACACAUAUUUAUUAAAGUUCUCUGUAUCGAUCAGUGUAUUUGUUUUUUACAGUGUCGUUUUUAUUCUCCAGAAUCUUUUACUUCAAGCCCUGCUUGAAAAACGAAAGCUUGUUCAAACCUCUUUGGUCCAGUUUGAUGCAAGGAGCGGCAUGGCCUCUAGAGGCUGCUAGCGGGGACUGUCAGACUCUUGGCCUUAAUAAAAAUUGAUCAUGUUAAUGUUCUCUCUAAGAGAUUUGUUGUUGUUAAAGCUCCAGAAUACAAGUCUCUCCCAAUGAAUUUUACCCCCGUAGCUACACUGCUUAGUGAAAUAUUUCCUGGAGGAAGACUCACUUCCUGACAGUGUUAUUCUUAUGUUGAUCCCCUUGUUUGCUCAGAGAGUAUUUUUCUAAGGAACAGCAGGGAGUGUCUUAAGUAUUGAACAUCAUUUCCACACAAUACAAUGCAGUUAUUUACAUUGCAGUUUAUAAAAAUAACAGGGCCUGAAUGACGACAUAUUUGGCACUACAAAAGCAAUUUCAUCCAGGACGAACGAUUCGGAGAGGUGUUGCAUUCAGUGUUGCAUUUAUAGAACAAAGAGUUUUAAAUCUAUCGUUAUAUAUUUCAGAGUAGAAGGCCGAUACAGAUUUUAUUUAUAUACCAAGCAGUUUUUUGUUUCUUCCUCUGGCCACGCAGAAGUAUAACUUUUCAAAUGCAUUCUUUUCAAACAGGGUUGAACCAAGGGUUAUAAGAUGCAAAGUAUUUGUAUAAGUGAUUUUUUUUUUCCUAUUUAAAUUUUAAUCGUACUUGUAUGUAAGACAGUAGAUAAGAAACGUGUUGACUAGUUAGGCGGGGUGAUUACGACGGGGUAGCAGUGUAUGCCAGCUGUCCGGGAAUGAACAUUUCUGUCAUUUAAAACUAUUGGUUCUUAUCGCAGGAAAUCUGAAUGUUCGUGGUUUUUGAAUGAAGAUGUAUACUUAACACCUAAUUUGUUGAAUUUUGGGUGUUUAGUAACAGUCAAUGACAUGAAGAACUGUCCUUUUUUGUUUGUUUCUUUUUUUUUUUAAAGCCCACUUUCUACUAAAACAUGCUGGAAAUAUCAAAGCCUGGGUCAAAUAGUACUCAUGGGAACUACUACGGGUUUGUUUUCGCUCACGGGAGAUGGGUUUGGACAUGAGGAAAGUGCUGGAAAGUUUCACACCUGUGAUAAUCUGUAACUUUUUGACACUCUUCGUCCAUUUUCAAACAAAAAUUUGGUGCAUCUUCCACUUUUUUCCAUCUCACGACGAAACAAAUCCUCUGAAUUCUACCAUUUGGCCCAGCUUUGACCUUUUUUGUUAUGUUUUGUAUUUUCUUUCCUUCACUGGCUCCCUAGCCUUUACUGUAGGAGGGAAUACUGUUAUUUCCUCUGGCACUUGAAAAAGUGAAAGUCAGAGGAGGUAUUAUUUUAAUCUAUGCAGGAUUUUUACAAAAAAAAAAAAAAAAAAAAAAAAAAGGAUCUGUUUCUGUGGAAAAAGUUUAAUUUUUUGGCUUGGGAUUUUUUUCCCCCCACUUCUUCUGUGUUUUUUUUUCCACCUCAGUGAGAAACCUGUUGAACUCAAGUGUCCAAUGCCUUUAGCUUUUUGCAAUUUUUGUGUAAUGGUUAGUAUAUAUGUGUAUAUAGAUCUGUUUUUAUAACCAAACACCGAUGGCUUGAGCCAUUUUGUACUUAAAGCUGGAGGCCACUUUUCUCAUAGGAAUUCCUCUGUGGGUUUUGCCAGCCCAGUCAAUGUCUUCAUACACUGGUACACUUUGUAAGUACAGGUCCGCGCCUUGUGUUCCCUACACUAUCUUGUAGUCAAAUGUACAAAAUUUAGCAUUAGAGUAAUUUUUAACAGUUUGCUACUCACACUUAUUUAUUUUUCUGCCCCUUUGCUUAAUAUUUUUUUCUAUUUUUGCCAUUUUAAGGAGUACCGUUUUAUGAAAUAGAAAGAUGUAAAUGUAUCGGGGUUGUUCAUGAUGAGAUUUCAUUGUAAGUAGUAAUUAAUAUUAAUUCUAACUUGAAAGAAUCCAGGGUAAGAUGAGUUUCUUUUUUUGACAUUCAGUAGGAAGAUGUUAACACUUGCAUGUUUCUAUUUAAAUACAAAUGUAUAAAUUGUAAAUAUAACAUUUCUUUAAGGGUGAAUUUCUACUACAGGUUGACAUUUUUAUUGAAAUUUAAAAAUGCUGUACAUACAUUUGUGAGAUACUUUAUGCACAUUUUUUUUCCCCUCCCCCCUCUGCGGGCUUUUGUGUUCUCUUCUUCCAAGCUGUUACAGAGUACAUCCCAGUCUCUUAACACUGUAUAUCAAGGUUGAUUUCUCAGUCCUUUUUUCUUACUGUGCUUGUACACAUUGUCUUUUGCUUCACCGUCUCUCAGUAUCAUGGUCGCCACAUAAUCAUUGUCUCUAGAUCCAAGUGCGAAUAUUUUGUCUUCUCUGUAUUUGAUAUGGAGGCGUGUACUUUUCAUGAAAUGUAUAUUGUUGAUCUCAUGGAGUGGAUGGAUGGAUGGAUGGAUGGAUGGAUGGAUGGAUGGAUGAAUGGAUGGAUGGAUGGUGUGUACAGUCUGUUGUGUAAAAUCAUGUCUGUUUCCUCCUCACGAGAGAAAGCGAGCGCGAGAGAGAGAAAUGUAUUUACUAUGUGUCCCUUUUGAACAAUUGGUCCAACAUGUCUUUUGAAACAGAGGUAUUUCUCUACAGGUCAAAACAGUUGUAGCAGUUUAUACAGUAUGUUGUAUAACACCUUUUUUCUAAAAGUCGUCUCCAGAGCGAGACCAGCAGCAUACACUAUGUACAAUAGUCUAAAUUGGAUUAGUUUUAAGAGAACUGAUGAUAGAGAUACUAUAUAUGAUGGAUGCAAUAUGAUUAAAGGUACUCAUUGAGUUUGAUCUUCAAACUUAGGUUAUGUAAUUUAAAGCAUUCUUGUGAAGUGAGUAUUAAUUGUGACUAAUGAGAGUCUGUCCUGAAUAUUCUUUGUAUUUUGCCGUAUUGAGAAUAAAAUAUAUAUGGAUAUGUUUAA